GCGUGACGUCACGGCGAGGCGCGCGGCGCCGCAGUGCGGGCAGUGGGACGCGCGCUCACCUGCGCACAUCUGGGCAGAUCCACGCUCACCUGCGCGCAUCUGGGCGCACCUGCACACGGCUGCGUUCACCUGAGCUGCCCGGCGCCAUGGUUCGGUUCGGGCUGACGGUCGUGCGGCAUGGAGAAACAAGAUACAACAAAGACAAGAUACUGCAAGGUCAAGGAGUGGAUGAGCCACUCUCUGCAACUGGCUUCAGGCAAGCAGAUGCUGCUGGUUUAUUUCUCAGUAAUGUGAAGUUUACCCACGUCUUUUCAAGUGACCUCCUUCGAACAAAGCAGACUGCUGCUGCCAUUCUAGGGAAAAACAGGUUUUGCAAAGAUUUGGAAAUCAAGUACGAUGCAAGACUGCGAGAGAGAAAAUAUGGUGUUGCAGAAGGAAGGCCUUUGGCUGACCUCAAGGCUAUGGCAAAGGAUGCUGGAGAGCAAUGUCCUUCAUUCACACCUCCUGGAGGAGAAACACUGGAUGAAGUGAGAGAGCGUGCAAGGGACUUUUUUCAAUUCCUGUGCCAGCUGGUUGUUGAGUUGGAGCAGAAGGGGCACGACAAGCCUGGUGCCCCAGGCAGGAGCUCAGGAACAUCUGGAGAACAGUUUGUUUUCCCCUGGGCAAACCACUGCAGUGAGGCGGAGCCGAGCUCUGAGGGCAGCGGAUCUUCCACCCUAUUAGAUGCCAAUAUUUUGGUGGUGAGUCAUGGAGCCUACAUGAGGAACUGGAUUGGCUAUUUUGUUUCAGAUCUCCACUGUACCUUACCAGCAAAUUUAAGCAAGUCCCAGCUGUCUUCUGUCAGUCCCAAUACCGGAGUCAGUCAUUUCAUUAUAAAACUUGAAAAUGGGAGUUUGUUAAAGCCCAAAAUCACGUGUGUCUGUCUUAACCAAGAUUCUCACUUAGUGGAUGUGGGAGCUGAAUGUGUAGCUUCAAAAGUGUUUUAAGAGUCUCUCUGGGGGUUAAGUGGGAUUAGUUCACAAUUUUGCUAAGCUUGGGAAAAGUAUCUGUAGUAAUUACUGGGAUUGACUGGAAUUGCAGACACUAAAUUGCAAAAAGGGAGACGUGCAACUGCUUGCCAUCUUAAAAAAAACACAAUUUGCAUGGUCCUAGUGCCCAGUAUAAGUUGGCAGUAGCAAAAUAAAACAAAUAUUCUCUGUUCUCAGAAACAUAAUACUUGCAGUCACUUGCAUAUCUGCUCCUACAGCACGUAUUUCAAACAACUCCUUUGCAUUACUCCAUAAUUGUUUUGGUUACCUCCAAGUGAAAGGGUUGAGAAGAGGAGAGGAGCGGUACCUCAAAGCUGAGCUAUACUGUGUUCUUGUUUUAUUACAAAAUUCUAUAUUGUAAUAUGAAACAUACACGUUGUCUUAAAUUUUUGAAUGCAAUAGUAGAACCUAGGAAGGAGCAUUGCCCAGUGGGCAAGGUUUGGUGCAGAGCCAGGGGAUGUGACUCUGACACUGAAUAUCUGUAAGACUCUGGGCAAGUCUCCUU